AUGCCUCCAUUGUGUGGGCCGAAGAGUAACGACCCCCAUGCUGUAGUGGAGGCCAUCGAUGCGCUUGUUGCCAGCUUGAAUCGUUCCAAAGAGCAACUGAAGGGAUCAUCAAUAGUAGACCAAGGGAAGGAUCUUAUAGAGAACAUAAUAAGGAAUGCUCCGAUGGAGAGCGAGCUUUAUAAGGUUUGGGAGAAGGAGGUGAUGGAGGCCUUCGAUCGGCUACUCAAGAACGACAACACCAACAGAUCGGUUAUCAACGAUGGUUUCCUUAUGAACAUCCCUGGUAUACGCAAGGCAACUGUAGAGCACAUCCUACAGCAUUUGAGUGUUUUCCUAGAGGACAUCCUCCAGCGGAAGGAUAGCCUUACCAAGGAUCUCAUACAGGAUCUGAGAGCCGUAUUAUGCUAA